AUGCCUCAAUAUUCAAUUAAAGUAAAGUGGGGAAAAGAACUUUUUUCUAAUGUAGAAGUUAAUACAGAUGAAGAACCAAUGUUGUUUAAAGCACAACUUUUUGCACUGACAGGAGUGCAACCAGAAAGGCAAAAAGUUAUGUUAAAAGGAAUGACAUUAAAGGAUGAUGAUUGGGGCAAUAUCAAAUUAAAAGAUGGUAUUACUGUAUUAAUGAUGGGCUCUAAAGAAGAAGAUGUGCCAGCAGAACCAACUGAAAAACCAUUAUUUUUAGAAGAUAUGAAUGAAUCUGCAUUAGCCACUGCUUUAGAUUUACCAGCUGGUUUGACAAAUUUAGGAAAUACUUGUUAUUUAAAUGCAACUGUACAAUGUUUGAAAACUGUCCCUGAGUUGAGAGAUGCUUUAAAGAAUUUUCCAGGGGGACUUGCAGCUGCUGGUAGCUCAUCGCUUGUACCUGCACAAAGUAUAACUGCUGCAUUAAGAGAUUUAUAUGAUAGUAUGGAUAAAGGAUCAGCUUUGCCACCUGUUGUUCUUGUCCAAAUGAUGCAUUUAGCAUUUCCAAGAUUUGCUGAAAAAUCUGAACAUGGUGGAUUUCAGCAACAAGAUGCUAAUGAAUGUUGGACUGAACUUAUUAGAAUGUUGCAACAAAAAUUACCAGCAAAGGAAAAUCCUGCCUCAGAAAAUAAUGGACAAAGUUAUAAACCUCGAUCAUUAAUUGAACAAUAUUUUGGAGGAACAUUUGAUACAGAAUUAAAGUGUAUAGAAUCUGAAGAUGAACCCCCUACUAAAGGAAGAGAAGAAUUUUUGCAAUUGAGUUGUUUUAUUUCAACAGAAGUUAAAUAUAUGCAUUCUGGACUUAGAAAUAAGAUGCAAGAACAAAUUACAAAAAUGUCACCAACUCUUGGCAGAGAUGCAAUGUAUACAAAAACGUCAAAAAUUAGUAGAUUACCAGCAUAUUUAACAAUACAAUUUGUACGUUUUUAUUACAAAGAAAAAGAAGCAAUCAAUGCAAAAAUUCUUAAAGAUGUCAAGUUUCCACUUGAAUUUGAUGUUUUUGAAUUAUGUAGCAGUGAACUUCAAAAUAAACUUAUACCAAUGCGAGAAAAAUUUAAAGAAUAUGAAGAUCGCUUAGUAGAAGAAUCUCGCAAUAUAAAAGAUAGAAAAGAUAAAACAGAUAAUAAAAAAAAAGUUAAACAAGAAUCUUUCUGGUUUUCAGAUGAUAUAGGAUCAAAUAACAGUGGUUAUUACUCAUUACAAGCAGUUCUAACACAUAGAGGACGAUCAAGUAGUAGUGGCCAUUAUGUAGCUUGGGUUAGACAAAAAAAUGACACAUGGUUAAAAUGUGAUGAUGAAAAUGUUAGCGCUGUAACUAGUGAAGAAGUAUUAAAACUCAGCGGCGGCGGUGAUUGGCAUUGCGCAUACGUUCUUCUAUAUGGUCCAAAAAUUUUAGAAGUACCUGAUACAGAUAAUAAUGAGGAUUCAAAUAUUAACAAUAAGUAAUUCUUAUGUAAUCAACAAGUUUUCCAUAAAAUCUGAAACAUUUCCACUGUGCAUUAGGCAAAUGCAUUUUUUUAUACAGA